AUGCACCUUCUUAGUGUAAGUCUAGGCCUGCUCUGUUACCACUGGCUGAGUCAGGAAGUGACCUCUUCAAAGAUUCAGUGCUGGGAGACCUUUGUAGGGCAGGAGCUCUAUCGCUUGGUGGUGAUGGAUUUCAUUUUCACCCUCUUGGACACUUUCUUUGGAGAUCUGAUGUGGAGAGUGAUUUUAGAGAAGAAGCUGCAACGCAAACAGAGACCGGAGUUUGACAUUGCUAGAAAUGUGCUGGAAUUGAUUUAUGGACAAUCCCUGACCUGGCUGGGUGUCUUCUUUGCCCCACUCCUCCUUGCUGUUCUAAUCCUCAAGUUGUUGCUCUUGUUUUAUAUAAAGGAAGCCAGUUUGAAGAGAAAUUGCCAGUCUCCCAAUAAACCCUGGCAUGCAUCCCACAUGGAUACCGUCUUAAUCACCUUGUUGUGCUUCCCUACAUUCCUGGGUGCCUCCAUAUUCCUCUCCUACACCAUAUGGGCAGUAAAACCCUCAGAGAUGUGUGGACCCUUUCAAAUUUUUGAGACCAUCUAUGAUUCUGGGAAGACAUGGAUAGUGGAUCUAGAGCAAUCUUGCCCAAAUCUUACCUGGUUUACCUGGAUCCAGCAACAUCUAAUCCAAAAUAGUUUCUUUUUGUUUUUAAUUUCUGGAAUUUUGCUAGCUGUGAUCUACCUCAAUAUUCAAGUGGUGAAGGGUCAACGAAGAAUUAUCACCCUACAGAUGAUACUUGAUGGUUGA